AUGAUUUGCCUCCGAGGGCUCCUGUGCCCCAGCGCCUUCCUCUCGGCGCCCUCCCAGCGCACCGGGCUCGGAGCUGCUGCCGCGGCCGCGGCCUUGGCCCCGGCGGCACCCGCCCUGGCCGGCGAGCCGCCCAGCGUCGGCAUCCACUGGUACUGGGACCUUGGCAUCGGCACUCUCCACGGUGAAGUGGCCGUUGUCAUCUUCUGGGUCUUCUUCGUGCUCCUCGUCUUCGCCGUGGCCGGUGCCGGUGGAGUGACAGCAGCCCUCGGAAGUCUGACCUGGCCAAUUCUUCUCAAACUGCUCACGCUGCAACAGUUGGCCGAGCUCGCGCGCGCGAACGCAAGCAUGUGGUGCGCUGGUGCAGAGCAGGAGGUGAUGGUCAACGAGCUGCGGGCAUCUUUUCCUGAAGAUGGCCGGAGGUUGCUGGUGCCCACAAGCGGCUCCUCACGGCCAUCGUCUCGUGCCUCCACUCCAUCCAAAGGCAUCCCAUGGGGCACGCCGAGGAACACAAAGACCCUGCGUGCUGCCCUCGCGCUUCCCAGCUGCGGACCCGCUGUCACGCCCAGGGGGCAGGCGCCCAUCCGCGAGGCACCUCCCACGCCGCGCCUGGGCAGCGAGGCGUCUGAGGAGUUGGCCACGAGCAUCUCGGUGAUGGACGUUGCGGGGCCCGAGGCGCUGGUCAGCAUCAUGAAGGCGCCGGCGCCGGCGCCGACUGCAGACCAGGGGCGCCAGGCCGUCUCCGAUCUUUUCGCCUGGAUGCGGCCGCUCCGCCGCGGAAACUAUGCAAAAGGAUUGACUCGGCUGGCCUUCGAGAUUGAGGAGAGAUCCCAGGAGUGGAAUGCAUAUCUUGGAGGUCGCUGCUCAAGGAAGGAAUCGCUUGACGCCAUCACGGGCGAAGCAGUGCCGCCAAAGGACUUCUCGACAACUUCGGAAGCUGCCUCCUUGAUCCUCCGGUUGGUGCGCGCGCUGCCCCAGGGCUUCGCGUUGCGGACGAUGCUUGAGCCGCUGCUGCAGGAGCUGCUGGAAGCCAUCUUCUGCGAGUGGCCUAGAACGCUGCCGUCCUUGCAGGACCUGAAGGAGGAGGAGGUGUGGCCCGAACGGCUGAGCCAGCUCAGCACCUACGCGCAGCUUGUGUCGGGCUACCGAGCCAGCUUGGAGGAGUCCAAGGCGGCCCAGAAGCUCUCGGAAGAGCGCGAGCAGGCAGCGUCGGCCACCGCGAAGGUCAAGACAAAAGCCUGGGAGGACCUGCGCAUCCAGAUCCGGCGCUUGGAGGACGAGCGGGACAAGUGCAGGGCGGAGAUGCAAGUGGCCAAGCGCGGCUGCCAGGAAGCUGAGGAGCUGUACGACACCUUCAAGCAGCAGACAAAGCUGGCCCUCAUCGACUACUCUGACAUGCAGUACCGCGAGGCCACAAUCAAGGCGGACGUGGUUGCCCUGAAUGUCCUCUGCAGGGAGAAGGACUUCACCAUCCAAGAGCUCCGGAAUCAAGCUACCCUGCUGACGCAAGAGACCCAAAACCUGGAAGAGAAGCUGCUGAAGGCGCGGGAGGAGCUUGAGAGGCAAGCGGCGGAGGUGGAGCAGCUACCCGUCCUCAACGACAAGCUUCAGUACUACGAGUCGGAGGAGGCCGUGCUUGGCGUGGCCUUCGCAAAGCGCGUUGCUGUGGAGGUUCUUGGCCGGAGCCUGGAGGACAUCGUCGGUCGGCUGCCCAACCACCUCGCCAUGGACCGGAAGACAUCCAUGACCCUGGAUGCCGUCAUGGAGGCGCUCCGGGUGGCCCACCGCGAGGCGGAGAAGCUCAAGGAGCAGGUGGUGAAGCUCCGACACCUCCUUGAAGAUGUGAAGCAGCUAGUGCCGAUUUGGAACGACGGCGUGAUGCAGGAUGUGGUGGAUGCAUACGACGAGGAUGCGGCCAUCCACCGGCAGAUCUACUCGAUGAGCGACAAGCGCAGCUUUGCAGGGUUGGGGAUGGAUGAGAGCGUGCCUCCAUACCUGAGGGCGGAGGGCCUGGUACGGCAUCGCUACAUCUCGAAGAAGGAGUGCGAGGAUCUCAUUGAGAGCUUCCUUGCGGAGGCGCCACAAGAUCUGAACACAGAGAGCAUGCACACCGAGCUCUACCAGCACAUGCAGAGGCAGUUCCCGGAUGCGGCGGAGAUGACGGAGUUUGCCUAUGCCUUCAUCUGCAGCCUCGAGGCUUACCGGGAUGACCCCGACUUCGAACUGUUUGACCUCAUGCUGGCCGGAGCAGUACAUCCAUCCAUCAUGCAGGACCAGGAGACCAUGCUCAGGGAGCUACAGAAUCUGGUCCACAACUGCGCCGAUGGGAGCUUCGAGAGCAGCACGACCCAUGGCCGGGGGCAGAGGAGUACGCUGACAGGGUCCAAGUCAUCCGGGCGCGACCAGGUGUCGCGGCGCAUGAUGCGUGCGGUGAUGCAGGCCAUGUUUCCAGAGAAGUCCCUGGAGCGCAUGAACGCCUUGAUGCGUGCGCUGCACGUGACCAUGCAGAUGCUCUUCGACGCUGGCCGGUCCGCAAACCCUGACACGGCCUAUGUCAGCGACCUCUUCUCGGCCACGGCGGACGGCACGCAGAGCCCCCUGAUCGAGGAGAUGCGGCGGCAGCACCUGCAUGAGGUUCUGGAGUUCACGGCGCUGAUUUCGCAAAACCUGAUCAGGGCUGCGGGCGGCGAGACGCAAGUGAACCUCUCCGGCCGUUUGGAUGCCUUCAUCCUCAUCACUCGGGAGGCCGCGUCGCAGACCCUCCAGGAGAUGGGCCUCCCGGACACAAAGACGCUGACCAUGUUGGAGCACAUCUGGAAGCCCAGCGAAGACGGCCACGAGCUCCAGGUGGCCGAGGUUCUACAGCGGCUCCGGCACUUCGUGCUGCUGAAGCGCGAAAGUACCUGGGUCCUGGCUGGGACGAAGGCAGUCGUCGAGAAGGCUGUGGGACUGGGUCCUUCUGGAGGUUCGCGAGAGGCGGGCAAGCAACGAUGCCAUGCAAGGGGUCCGCUGUAUGGGGGGGAGGAGGGACAAGCAGCCUCGUUGUUCUGCCUUCAGGACGACUCGGCAGACACGGCUGAGGGCUGA